CUGCACGAACACCCACUGUCAUCAGCUAUGCAUCUUUGAAUGGGCCCUCUACUCUACGUCGCCGUCAAUGCUCUCGACGUGCUCAGCACUGCUACCUAUCAUGCACACCUCGCUCGGUCUUCUCUCUCAGUAGCCCAGCUUUGUUCUCGCUGUUAUUCACCCGCACGUUCCGCAUCCACGGCUACCACGUCUUCGGGGCAGUCUACGUCGCCGACAUCGCUCACCGAGUCUCCCGCCAAUCUUGAUACUACAGCUGCGUCAAAGUUUACUGCACCUCGUCCGAACACAUUGCCUACGCAGAUUCAAAUAGAGCAACAACGACUGCGUUCGCGGGGUGGACAGAACCUUACUGCGCGAUGGUCGCGACUGGAACGCUCUCUGCGCGGAAAGGAGGGAUACGAAGCGCGUAGAGACACUCUAAUUGAGCAAGCGGACCAUGCCUCUGCCGACGCAGAGAGGAGCGCGGCAUCUGAGAAGGCUCCGAGAACGUUCCUUGGUCUGGUGCUCCCCGAGAAGCCCAAGGAGCCUCAGUCAGACGAGUGCUGUAUGUCUGGCUGCGCUAUCUGCGUGUACGACCUGUACACUGCGGCGCUAGAGGAUUACAAGCACGCCUUGGACGCCCUUCGCACCGCGCUGCAAGCACGCAAGGUGCCAGAGCGCGAAUGGCCAGUUGAAGUCAAGGGGGAAGACGAGGCAGCGGGGGGAACGCUCCCCAAAUCGCCUCAGAAUGUCGCAUUCAGCGCGUUCGAGGAGCUCGAGCGGUCUCUGCGGGCGAGAAGGGAGCGUGAGGCCUCAGGGAGUCCUGGUUAGUGCGUACAUCCUGCCCCACAAAUACGCCUUCCUAUUAUCUAACACGUUGCAACAGACGUGACUUUUAACGUUUCACAGUUGGACCGUACAAAGCGGAGACAGACAUUACCAACUGCCGCUACACUAUACGAAGGACUCCGAUGGAUCAUAUUCAGCCGACGAUGACUUUAGCACGAGGGCUGUUCACAAGAUGCAAUAGGCUGUACCAUUGCACCGACCGUGAGGGACAGCGGAGAUAGCUAUGCACAACAGUUGUGCGUCAGUUCUAUGUAUCGGCGUAAUGUUACUCUGGCGAAGCGGGGGAACAAUACCCAUCUUUAACAAGCAAUGCAUUGAUGUCGGAAGCAUGUUUGCUGAAGCAAGGCGGGAGACCUAGCCAGUACUCCAUCAAGAUAUUGUAGUGCCCUCCCUUUGUCUUUUCGUUCGCAUGCAAUCAUAUUUGAUCUGAUGCUC